AUGCUUGGCGCACUGUCGCCUGCACUUACCCAGGCAGGCCUGGCCGUGGAUUUGACCCUCGUGGACGUGUGCAAUGGCUCGUCUGUGGCCCUGUGGGAGCAUUGCCCAGCCCAUUGCCCCGUGCACAUGCACCUGCAUGGCAAGGUUUGCCAAUUCACCUGCGUUGACGGUUCGUCUGGCAGCUGCACAAAUCCAGCCAUGGUUGUGGUGGACAAUUCCACGAAGCGAUGUCGCAGCUGUGAAAUCCCAGGCUGCCGGGUUUGCAGCCCCGAGGACCACUGCAUCCGGUGCGCGACUGGCUUCUAUCUCACGAAGGAAAAGGAUGUGUGCAUCAGCAAGUUUGGCUUCCUGAUUCCUUGUGUUUGUGGCUUGCUUGGAGGGGCCUUCGUGGUCUUGGCUUCGUGGUACAUCUGGCUUCGGAGCCAGCCUGUGAUCAAUUCACGGGUCCUGAAGCGAGCCAUCAUGCGGAGACACCAUCUCAACCUAAGAGACCACACCAGCGAGCGCCACGACUGGUACCCCUUGAUGACCAACCUUUGCCGUCCUCGGGAAGAUGGGCAUGUUGUCGGGGGCCGGGCCUUGCUGAUGUUCUUCAACUUCCAAGCCUUCAUCCUCCUGUGGUGUGCCUGCUCCAUAUCUGCAUGGGUGGUGUGUGCUACGGUGUACGGCAGCCGUAUGUUUGUGGAAGGCAAUGAGACUGGGAAAGCAGACGUGUACUCAAUUUGUGGAGCCGCACACUCUGCCGUCCGUACUCUUGCGAGAUCCCAAGAGCUGUUGGUUGCAGAAGGCACGCUGGCCUUCACAAUUUUCCUGUACUUCUUUACUGCAGUGUCUGCGCUGUCCUACGCAGUUUGUCAGCGACGUCGUCGGGUGGAGCUUGACACAUGCGAGGCCACAAUGAAGGACUUCUCACUGAUUCUCACAGGCUUUCCGGCCGAGGAGGGAAACGAGGUGGAGAAGAACCGGGCCGACUUUGUUCGGAGGGCCACCGGGUGCCAGCCUGUCGGAGUUUCCGUUUGCUGGUCGUACAACCACUCCGAGGUUCAGGAAUUGAUCGCACGGGAGACAUGGCUAUGGGGCAAGGGCCGGGACAGUUGUGGUCCCAUGAAAUCCACCAGCACAGUGAUGGAUGAGGGAAACUCCUCAGGGCAGAGCAGUUUCCGCUGCAUCUUCGAAAAGUUGAACCAACUGUUGGCUCCACCAUUGCAACUCGAGGAUGCGGAGCUCGGCAAGGCGAGGCGGCAUGAAGAACGUGCUGUUGCUGUUGCCAGGGAUGCCGUGUCCACGAGUUUUAUGUACGCCAUCUUUGCCACAGAGCUCGAUCGGGACCACGCCAAGAAGGUCUUCUCCAGUGACUCCGAAGUGCCGCUUUACAUGGGGCGACACCCCAUCCGGCAGGACCCUGCCGGUGGAGGCUCAGAGCCAGAAAGCGUUCUUUGGAAGAAUUUCCAGUGCGACAUCAAAGUCGUGCCAUACAAAGUGAUGGCUUCGAUCGCGGGUAUAGCCGUUUCAAUAUUGUUUUGGGGCGUCUUCUUCUAUUUUCCCUUCGCGGUGUACGAGGCAUGGUCUUACUCUGCACUGGGCCACUCGGCCGACUUUGCAUCUGAGACGACUUUCAGUCUGCUGGUAGUGGUUGGCAACCAGCUCCUGUACUUGCUUUGUGACAAAGCCUCCAAGCACAUCGGCUUUCGUUUCGCCAGUCAAGAGCUGGCUGCCUACACGGGCCUUUACACGAUGGCCUUGCUGUCCAACAUGUUCAUCGACAUGUGGAUCCUGUGGUACACGACGACCACAGCGACGGAGAAUCUAGGCCUCGAAGUAACAUGGCGCUCGUUCCUCCUAAAUCAGGAAGAGCGAGUGAGUUUUCCACUUCGGGCCAAGUUGGGCGAACGCCUUUAUGCCUACAACUUUCCCUCUUGCUUCUUGCUGCCCUUCUUGUGUGAAGCCUUGUUCACGGUAAUCCUUCCCUACCACGUGUACAGUAAGCUGGUGGGAUCGCAGCCGAUCAGUCAAAGAGGCGCAGAUGCUUGCCUCCUGCCGAUUACUUUCGACAUGGCCCGCUAUGCAGACGUGGUCCUCAACAUGACCCAAGCUACGGUGUCGCUUUUCUUCUCUCCAGGCUAUGUGUGGCCUACAUUCAUCUUCCUGUUCUUGAGCCACCUUUUCGUCUAUGCAUGGGAUCAUUACCGGGUGCUACGGCAUGUCCGCCAAUUUCGUUUUUCCUCGUACCGAACGGAGAAGGUCGCGCAGCGGCUGCUGGCACUGCCCGGGGCAAGUCUGGCGGCCUGCGUCAUGUUCCAGCUCUACCAGGUACAAGCUGUUCGACCCACGACAAAGUUUGCGGCCGUGGUCGCACUCUCGGCCCCGGCCCUGCUCCACAUCGCUUUCUACAUGCUAGUCCUGGAGUAUGCGGUGCCGUGGCUGGGUCGCACGGCGCACGUGCCUGCAAUGCAGCGUUACAGCGAGGUGGCAAAGAUCUUCCCCGGGAAUUUCUUCAACAUGAAUCCUGUUCACUGUUUGCGGUCGAGGUACCUUCACAAUCAUCAUCCCCCAUGCAUCUUCUACCAGAUCGGCAAGGAACAUCUCUUGGAGCCCAAUCCCAAGCUGGGAUUGUUCUACAGCGCUCCGGAGUGGAACAACGAGAAGACCUCCACGUUUUUGGAGCUGGCGCAGUUUGCCCGAAAAUCGCUCGGCGGAGCUUUGGCCAUGGCACACCCACGAUUUGCUGCGGAGCUGCAAGAAAGCCAAGAGGCCUUGACCGAGGGCAGGGACGACCAAAGAUUGGACUCUCCCCCUCAGCGUUCACCUGAAGCCUCAGGCAGCGGAGCCCGUGCAAGUGAAGCCUCGCCGGCGACAGCACCGAAAGGUUUGGGCGCGGCAAGAAAGACGCGGAAGAGCAUGGUCACUUUUGCGGAGGCCCAGGCUGAUGAUGAGCAAGAGUAA